AUGGAAAAUUUACACUCUGUGACAGAUGUAGCCUUUAAGAUUGAUAUGAGAGACGCGUAUUUUGCUAUUAAUUUGCAGCGAGUCACAGGAACUACCUCGCAUUUUGGUGAAACUAAGUUCACUUGCCUACCUUCCGGAUUAGCAACGGCACCCUAUGUAUACAACAAAUUAAUGCGCGUAGUUGCGGCGCACUUUCGAGAGCGCGGAAUAAGAGUGUUCAAUUAUUUGGACGACUGGGAAGUAUUUGAGAACUUGGGCCUUUGCAUAAAUUACGCUGAAUCCCAAUUGGUCUCUACUCAAGAGCUGGAAUUCCUGGAAGCCUCGUCCAUUGUUCAAAGAAAAGUGAUAUCAGCGAGAGAGCUCGCGGCCUUCCUUGGACGUGUCAAUUUCAUAGCUUUGGCAUCACCUUGUUCCAUCUACAUGACUCGGCGUCUACAGCGCGAGGUGAAGACGAACGCAGACCCCCUAAUCAGUGAAUCGUUUGAAAACCUGAUAACAUUGACGGGGGAGACGAUCGCGGACAUGCUAUGGUUUCGCGACAACCUCCAUGCUUACGCCAGUUACCCCUUAACUCACAUUCCUUCAGACAUCACUAUAACAACGGACGCCUCAAAAGUGGGAUGGGGUGCGGUGUGUGACGGUAGAGGUACAGGCGGUAGGUGA